GUUACUUCCCUUGGUGAAUACUGAAGGGAGGUAAUUGAAUUAUCUAGUUCCAGUUACAGCAGCAUCAUUCGUUCUGAAAACAAAGAAUCAAGUGUUUGUUGCAAUUUUGUGAACAGAAAAAUACAGGUGAUGUGGCUUGUGGAGGUUCUAUGGAGAUGACAAAGGUUUUCACAGAGUUUUUGUUGAACUAGCGAAAAAAAUGGCACACGUUUCUGCUGUUUGAAAAGAUCUCAUACUUUAUACAGGGAUAACUGCUCCAAUAGUAACAAGAUUUUACAUCAUUUCUACAAGAAGUGGACCACUGCCGCUUACUGUUCUGUGUUGCAUUUAUUAAGGGAUUCUGUGUGAAAGAUAUCUGGAAAACUAUAGGUAACGUGUCACUGCGAGAGAUAUCAGCUAAAGAUAAUAGAAUUUUUAAUUGAAAAUGAUUAUAUCUGUACGAAUCUAGUCACAUGACUGUUUGAAGAAUUAAUAUAAUUAUUUCACCAAUACAAAACCUGUAAGAAAUGCCAAGGAUGUCGCGGAAAGCACUAGGGUAUAUGUUUGUGAUAUUUUUACUGUGUUUUAUGCUGAUGUAUCGCAACCUGCCGUGCGAACAGCAGAGUAACUAUAUCAUGGUACCGAAAGGAGAGCGUAUGAUAUACGACCGUAAACAGCAGGCUAUUCCUUAUCAUCGAGAAAUGCCGUUAAUAUUUAUCGGAGGCAUGCCUCGGAGUGGGACGACUUUAAUGCGAGCGAUGUUGGAUGCUCAUCCGGAGGUGAGAUGUGGAGAAGAGACGCGCGUCAUUCCGAGACUUUUGGGUAUGCGUACGAACUGGGACAGAUCAGCGAUUGAAAAACAGCGUUUACUUGAAGCAGGGAUAGACGACAAAGUAUUAGACUCGGCUUUAUCAGCGUUUAUUUUAGAAAUUAUCGCAUUGCACGGAGAAGCAGCUCCGUAUCUGUGUAACAAAGAUCCAUUUACCUUGAAAUCCAGCGUUUAUUUAAGAAAAUUAUUUCCUAAUGCCAAAUUUAUUUUUAUGAUACGAGACGGCCGUGGGACUGUGCAUUCAAUUAUAUCUCGCAAAGUGACAAUUACGGGUUUCAAUUUGAACGACUAUAGGCAGUGUUUAGCCAAGUGGAGUACUGCUAUGGAAAUGAUGUAUUCUCAGUGUUUACAAGUAGGCGCGGACCGGUGUAUGCCAGUUUAUUACGAACAAUUAGUUUUACAACCAGAAUUGUGGUUAAAACGUAUCAUCAAGUUUUUAGAUAUUCCAUGGAAUUCAUCGGUGUUGCAUCAUGAAGAUUUCAUCGAUAAACCUGGUGGAAUUUCUGUUUCAAAAACAGAAAAAUCAUCAGACCAGAUUAUCAAACCAGUUAAUCUGGAGGCAUUGAAUAAGUGGGUAGGUCAUAUACCUGACGAUGUGGUUAAAGAUAUGGCCAAGGUCGCCCCUAUGUUACGCACCUUGGGUUACGACCCGGAUGCCAAUCCUCCCAACUAUGGCAAACCAGACUCUAAAGUUGCAGAUAAUACGUUACAUAUACAGCAAAACGUUGAAUUCUGGAAACAGAGGGAGGAGGAGUUAUUAAAACGUGAUAAACCUCCGCCACGACGAGCUCCCCCUGGUGGUGUCAAGCCACCAUUUGAUGGAAUGGGACCAGAUGGCCCUUAAAGGUUCAAAUGUCACGAUACUAUAUUGUUAAACAAACAACCCCAAAUUAUUCUUAAUCAGCUUGUUUUGUUUUCUAAGAACUUAGGUUUUACUAAUUUUCUUAGUUUUGUUUAUUUUUCUUUAAUUUGUGCAUUUAUUCGAUGACCACAUUUAUCCUUUCUGUUUAUUUUUCCUACCGCAAUUUUUGUUUAUGUUGACAUUUUUUACAUAAAUAACAAGGUUAUUAAAUUAUGUUUUUUUAGCAACAGCGAAGUAUAAAUUAUAAUUGAUGUCACUGGGUAGGGACUGGUAGUUAUCAGAUGAAAAAAACAACAACAAGUUAUCUUUCUAUCUUUAUGUAACUGUUUCUACCCUGUUGAAGUGGUUAAUUAAAUUCUUUUGUUGUCAUUACUACUUAUCUAUAUAGAUAAAUUAGGUUUAUAUAAUACAUUUGUAAUAAUUUUUGAAUAUGUUCGCAUAAGAUCUGUUAUAAUUAAGAAUAAGACUGUGUUUCAGUUGUAAAACAAAGUACAUUGUACAUCUAGAACUUAAUGAAUUUUCAUAUUUAUACGCUUUUUAGAUAAAUUGAUGUGAACUGCUUUAGCUAAAAAAGGUCUUAAUUACAAACUAAAUACAAAUUUAUGCUGAAUUACCAUAUCUAAUUAUGAACGCAGCUAGAUUUAUUUUCUUGUCAUCCAUCUAAAAUUAACUAGCAUAAAAGAUGUUUUAAUAACUUUUUAAUUACUUAAUUACAUUUUUCGUUAUGUUGUUUUGUUUAUAAAUUUUUGUCCUUUUUGUUUUAGUUAAAUCCGGUUAGGAUACUGACAAAAAAAGAUUCUGUCCCUGCGGCCAGUGCAGACCAAGAUGUGCAGACCAAGGUUGGCCCGCAUGUCAGUGCCAUCUGGUCAUUGUUGGCACUGGUCGCUAUUCGGUCAAUACAAAUUUUCCCUAAAAAUGAUAAAUGGUCUUGUCCAGAUUGUAAAAUAGACAAGUCUAUUUAAGAUAUUUAGGUUGGUACUAUAAGGAUAUUAUUUAAAUUUUUUGUUGUAAAUCUUCAUUUAGGAUUUUCAUACAUAAUUACAAUGUUUUGUAAUAACAUGUAAAACAUAACAUAUUAAAAUGAAUGACUCUCAUUAGGGUGACUGGCUAAGAUGGAUUGAAAUAGACAGAUCACCUCAAUAUUUGUUUAUUAUUGUAACCUUAGUUUGUAUGUCCGACAAUUACUAGUACAUACCGACGAUAUGACGUUUCAAAAUGAAAUAUUAUCAUUUCAAACAAUUGUUUAAGAUUUGUUAGUAUUAGAAGAUAGAUAUUAAGUUUAAAUUUUAAUAAAAAUUAUUCUUAGUUUAAUAAUGAUGAAACCUUAGGAGCACAUUAACUUUGUCUAAAAAUUGUUUGUCUAGAAAAUGAG